AAUAUACAAGUGUUGUUUUCAAAUAUUAGGGAGUUGUGGAUAAAAACAAGGAGGAGUGAUUCAAAUCUGAAGCUGAACCCUGAGGAAGCUGCCUCAGCGACGCCGUUGCGAUUCAGCCUCUGACAUUACCGUUGCAGUCAUGGUGCAAGAAAAUGGCAAGAGGAAGAAGCCAAACAUUCUGGUGACUGGGACACCGGGGACAGGAAAGACAACCAUGUGCACUGCUCUAGCAGAAGCAACCCAGCUCCGCCACAUCAAUGUUGGAGAACUAGUCAAAGAAAAGAAUUUGCAUGAUGGAUGGGAUGAUGAGCUUGAUUGUCAUGUUCUUAAUGAAGACUUGGUCUGUGAUGAACUUGAGGAUGUUAUGGAAGAGGGGGGAAACAUUGUGGACUACCAUGGCUGUGAUUUCUUUCCCGAGCGUUGGUUUGAUUGCGUGGUUGUACUUCAAACUGAUAACACCGUUUUGUAUGACCGUUUGAGUCGGAGGGGGUACAAAGAUUCAAAGCUUUCGAACAAUAUUGAAUGUGAAAUCUUCCAAGUUCUGCUUGAGGAGGCUAAAGAAAGUUACUCAGAGGAGAAACUGAUUGCAAUGAAGAGUGAUAAUAUAGAAGACAUUAGUAGAAAUGUGGCAACUCUGACAGAUUGGGUCAGAAAUUGGUCUUUGCCCUCACAGUCUUGACAAAAAAAAUGAGUACUUUGUAUAUACCAUUUUGCGCGAGUAUGGUGAAAGUGUCAUCAUUAUGGCGGAAGUUGAUCCAUGUAGUCGACCCCACCUAGUGGGAUAAGGCGUUGUUGUUGUUGUUGUAUGGUGAAAGUGUCAUGAUGAGCUACCUGAUGCAGAUCUGCAGUAUGGUUGAAUUCUUACAAAUUUUUGGUGUGGCAUGUAUUUGUGACAUUUAUGUCAUGGAUUUUAAAUUUGACAAUUUAAAGUGUAACUUUUACCAAGUUUUGUGUACUGUAUUUCAAAUAGUUAAGGGAGGUUUAAUUAAACAAGAUGCAAUAUAGUAUCAGGAGUUGAUGCAAAAUCCUAUGAUGGGUUGAUGGAA